AUGGCUGGUUCGUUCUAUGCCGAAGCCGCCGCCUCGCCUUCAAGCAAACCCAACUCACAAGCCAAGAUGAACCCUACCCAGUCCAAGACCGUCUCCGUCCCUGUCAAGGCCACCCCCAUCCCUACCUUUGUCCUCAUGGGCUACGACUUUGUCUCUUACCAUUUUGCCUAA